CAGAUUACUUCUCUCGAAAAAAAAAACACAUCGUGAGUCACAUUUUUCAUCUCACAUGGAAUAGUUCCUUAGAAGAAAUUUAAAACAUCUCAGUUGUGCUUUUCACUUCUACGGACAAAGAUCAGCAGAGAUUUAAAAAUAUGGUAUCGAAUAUAUAUGAGAUUAAUUUUACCGACAUCUAUUUCGAUCCACAAAAGAAAUCUAAAAGGAUUCUAUCGUGUGAAGAUGCUAUUGCAGAAAUUGGGUUUGGAAAGGUGCAAAUACUUGUACUGUUUGCAGCAUUCUUGAUUCUUGCAAACACCCUUGCAGAAACAAUGGGUAUUUCGUUUGUAAUCCCUGCAGCAGUUUGUGAUUUAAAUUUAACAACUAGCGACAAAGGACUAUUAUCUGGAAUGACAUUUUUAGGAGUAAUGUCAUCAAGUCAUUUAUUUGGUUUCUUGGCAGAUACAAAAGGGCGAAGAGUUGUUGUUUUAUGGACAUUAUUAGGAUCAACUAUAUCAACAUUCUUAUCAGUUUUUAUGAAAGACUUUACAAUAUUUCUAAUCUUAAGGUUUUUUUCCGGGUUCUGUGUUGCAGGAUACUCAGCAAUAAUGUAUGCUUAUUUAGGAGAAUUUAGCAUUAAUAAAUAUCGAGCUUCAAUUUUAUCAUGGGUUACAACGGCUGUAGGAUUUUCAUCAACCGUCAUGCCAUUGCUUGCAUAUUGGAUAAUGUCAUAUGAAUGGCGAAUUGAAAUUUAUGAAGGAUAUCAGUUUCGUCCGUGGAGACUGUUAAUUUUAUUAUAUUCCAUUUUCGGAAUUGCUGGUGGAAUUUUACUUUUAUUUCUCAAGGAAAGCCCCAAAUAUUUAUUAUCAGUUCGUAAAGAUGAAGAAGCACUUGAGGUUAUCAAAUGGAUCUAUCGAACAAACACAGGAAAAAGUGAUGAUAAUGAUUUUAAUGUUCACAAAUUAGAGUCAGAAGCUAGUGAAAUUGUAAUGAGGAAUGAAACGGGAAUGAAAGCAUUCUUAAUGUCAGUUUAUGAUCAAACAUGGACAUUAUUCAAACCACCACAUGCAAAGUACUUUCUUACGUGCUGUUGCUUGCACUUGGGAAUUUUUGCUGUUUCCGGUGGUAUUGCACUUUUCAUGCCAGAUAUUUUGAAUAAAUUAGCCAUAGCACGAAAAACACUUGGAUAUGAUAACAUUCAUGUAUGUGACAUAUAUGAUAUUCCCAAAGAAAUAUUUCUAAAUUCCAAUGAAACCCUAAUGGAGCAAUCUGUUUGCAUCGAUAAUGUUGAUUUAAAUAUUUACGUACAAUCAGUUUUUGUCGGAAUUGGAUAUCUAAUAGGAUUCGUUGUUCUUUCAAUCAUCAUUAAUCCUUACAACAGGACUCACAUUUUGGUAUUCAACUACACCGUGGCUGCAAUUUCCGGAAUAGUUCUUACUUUCCUUACAUCUUCUUCUGCAAUUGUUGCAUGCUUUACCAUUUUUGUAUUUUUUACUGGCGUGAAUGUGCCUGUAGUGAAUAGUGCUGCUGUUGACAUUUUUCCAACAUUUUUAAGAUCAAUGGCAAUAUGUUGCGCAAUGAUGUUUGGACGGUUUGGAACAACAGUAUCAACAAAUAUUCUUGGAGUAGUUUUAGAGAAAAGUUGCAGUGGGACAUUUUAUUCGUUUUCGGGUAUUUGUGUAUUAUGCUGCAUUGUUGCAUUUGUUUUGCCACGACCGAAGAAAUGAUUAUUUUACUUUUACAAAGUUUAAGAAAUUUAUCAAGCCUAAAAAUUUUAUAUCGGUGUAGACAAUUAAGUAUCGUAAGUCGUGUUUUACCAAACUAUAGAUUGUUUUUAUUAUUAUUAAGAUGACAUCAUAAUAAAAUUAUUUUUUUGCAUAACUUUAA